AUGUUGUGUUUGCUGAAAUUAGCCCUGCUGGUACUGUAUCUGGUACUGAUCAUCUUCGUCGCGGUGUUGAGUGAUGUCGUUCGUCUGUACAACAUGAGCUUCGUCACGUCGUCGUCGACAGCCAACGUCGUCGACGCCAAGUCGCUCGCAACGGAAACGCUCGAGAGCAUUCUCCGCCAACGGGGGGUCACGUCCUCGACAGCGCAUAAUUACUACCACUUUCUACAAUAUCAAGAAUCUUCAUCGCAUCUCAACAACAGGAGCCACCACAGUGCCCUGCAACAUCAGCACCACCGCAGACACCUGCUCCAGCUCGUGGAGCUUUCCGGUCUGGUCCGCGUGGAAGAAAUUCUAGACCUGGACAGCCUGUUGCUUCACGAAUGGAACAACGAGAAACUUUCCUCAACCGUGGGCAGUAUCAUAACUCUCGGCGCCGAGCAUCGCGGCUCCAGGAGCCGGGAACCUGUCAAGGGUUCCUCGGGUCUCUGGGGAACACCCAGCUCUGGUUCCGAUUUGUUGGGAGAAAUCGAAGACAGAACGAGAGAUGCGUCCUGGCUAAUCCUGGUACGACUACGAGGCGGAGCCUCGCUUCUCGAUCAGGCUUCGUGGCAAGAAGUCAUCGGAGCCGUUUCGCAUUUCGGAAUCAGAACAGCCGUUUUCGAUUGCAGCAGAGAUCGAUGGAUUUGCGAUCGACGGAAUUGGGUUGUUCCGCAACUCAUUCUAACACUGCCCGAGAAUCAUGCAAAUUCGACAAACAAACUACUCAAGCACAAGAAAGAGCUCCUGUGGCAUUAUUCGUACAACCUGCACAAGCCACGUCAAGUUGUCAAUUGGGUGGCAAGGCAACUCGCGAAUCAAGUGCAUCGACUUCAACCAAGUGAUCUGAGCGCGUGGGAGAAGUUCGACUCGGGAUUGGAAAGCAGUCACAAGCUCCGAAUAAUUCUCGUUUCGAAGACGGAACAGCCUCCGAUGUUCCUCUCUGCGAUCGCCGUGCGCUUCAGCAGUCGCAUCGAUGUGGGCAUAAUUGAUAUGGCGUACAUGACCGAGAUAUCGUCUCAUCUAAAACCGAUCAACCAAUUGAUAGCGAUACCGUCGACGACCUCGUAUAUUGUUCUGACCCCGUUGUCCGGCAUGAUCGUCUACGGAGAACGGGCGGGCGAAGCCCUCAACUUCCGUCGAAUGGAGAUUUUUCUGAACUUCAUGGUACCCGAGGCCAGGAGCAUUUUCACGGUCACGCUAGCCUUGGUGAACUUGAUGCUCUGCAUCGAGUUGUUCCUAUUCAGUUCAUCACGUCUUCUGAAACACAUUCUGAGUUGGAUCUCCCGCGUCUUGAAGUACAACGCAGCGCUGCUGCUCGUGUGGUUGGGCGUCAUCGCUCUGAUGCAGUCGCGUUUCCAUUGCGUCGACAAAAUUCUCGAGCAAGCCCUGACGGUUUUAGCGCAGAAGUUCUUCAACGGCUCGUACAUCGGCUGUCUGCUGAGAUCGCAGUGGCCGUUCAUAAGCUGUUUCCGAGUGCUCGCAGUGAGUGUGUUCAUCUUCGGGUCGGCAGUCGCUAUUCCUUGGUGGCAGGUCCGGCCGCGAACGACGCCCCCUUCGUCGCAGCACCCGCCAACUUCGUCGACGACGUCUCUGCUACCCCAAUUCUCGUCGUCGUUGUCGUCGUCGACGUCAACGACUCAAAACGGUGACGUGUUCACCACUCCUUUGUUGGCGGCGACCGGGGCCGACUUCCCUAUGUUCCAUCAUCACUACUCGGGCCCCCACAGACAGCUGUCGUGGAUCGAACGCGGCAGCGGGGCUCGUUCGGUCGUUUUGCUCAAUCAGCUGUUUGGUCAAGUUGUUUCCUUGCAACGCAUGUCAUUAUCCCAGGCGGCCGCGGCGGCAACGUCGACGACGGCUGACACGAUGACGGGAGAAGGCAACGCCGCCGUGGUGGACGUUGCAGGACAUGUUUCGAGCGCUGGCAACCCGAACCAUUUCAUGCAUCUUACGUCGGAUGCUGCGUGGCUGCCAUUAGGAGUUUCGCUUGACUACAUAUCACAGCUCCCCAAAUGGCGAUUCAAGUUUGCCAACGUUGAUGAGGUCCACAACUUAUCCCAGAGCGCCUCGCAGUCGUCGCUGGCCGUUGAAGGCUCGGAAGAGAACGAAGCUGUUUUGCUGCAGUACGCAAAGUUCCCCGCAGGAAUGCUCCCCUCCUUAAUUUGUAGCAUUUGUUUGGAGCGCUAUCGCAGCGAGACCACGGAGGACUCGAACAACGGCAGUCACGGAACGAAGAAAUACGGCGGAGACACUCUCUGCGGCUUGCCUUGUGGUCACGCAUUCCAUGCGCAUUGUGUGCUCAACUGGCUCACCCGCGAUCAUCACGUGUGCCCGAUCUGCAGAUGGCCGUCCUACCAGCAAAAACAGAACCCUCCUGAGAAGAAUCGAGAUUCGUGGGGAGACUGGGACCUGGGGUCACCGGUGUGA